ACUCCUAGUUGCCGGGCAACAGCGUCAACAAGCCCCAGAGAGCCCUAGCUGAGGGGUUCCCACCUGAUAGGGAAAAGGCGGCAGGAUGGAGCCGCCGGCGAAAGGGGCCGGACGCAAGGGCCCGCGGGAGCGCACCGGGAAGGACGCGCCAGGCGCAAGGCCCGGGAAGGAGCGCGCCAAGUGGGCGCCCGCAACGGAGCCCCCCACGCCGGGCUGGACCAUGACACUGGAGAGGUUGGUGGCCAUGCUCCCUGCGCAGCGCCACCGCCACCUGCUCUUCGGGGACCUGCUAGAGGACGUGGGCGCAGCCGCCUCCAUCUUCCCGCACGAGUCGGUGGAGACGCGGUACCGCAUGCCCGACCCGCGCACUUGGGCCCAGUCGCUCCAGCUGCCGGCCAAGAGCCAGAACCUGCUCCUCGGAGUCCUCAAGGCAGCGGAGGCCCGCGGGCGAGUCCGCGCCCUGCGGCUGCGCUACAGCCGCAUGCGGGAGGAGGAGAUCUCGUUCCUCAUCAAGCACCAGAAGUCCGCGCGCGCCGCCGUCCGGCUCGAGCUACUUCUGCCGCCGCAGCUAAAGCCCACGCGGAUCCCGGACCCCCUGGACCGCCAGGAGGUGCCAGCAAGCCCGGGAAGGGGCAGAGAGGGGCCCCGCCCGCCACCACACACCUGGCACCAGCCUCUCUCCCCCGCAGCGGAGGCGCGUGGAGACCAUCCUGGAGGAGAACGAGGGGGGCAUCUUCCGGCGGUGACGGCGACCUGGAAUGUGCGGCCGCGCCCCACCCUUCCGCAUAAAGUUCUCGUUCUCCGUCCUGCGAGGGCUCUCUGGUCUUUCUGCUUCCCCUACGCAGGACCCCCACCCCGAGGGCAAGGGGGAGUAUGGACACUCUUCUCCCACAUCCAGCCUCACAGACAUCAGGGUACAGGGAGUGGGGCUCUCUCAGCCACGUAGGGAGAUGCAAGUGGGCGGGUGUCACAGCAACAGGUCACAGGGACACCCUAUUCCUCCAAUCCGGGCCUGCCCCCAUCAGGCAACCUGCUGUCCUGCGGGUCCACGGGAGGCCCCCAGUCUGGGGGAGGGCAGGAAGAAGAGCCUGUUCCCAGCAACAGCCACACCCCAGGAGUAAGGGCAGCCUCAGGCUACAGUGGGCCCCAGAGUACAGGUCACCCCAUUGG